GGCUGCCGUAAACGCGGGGGGAAGGAGGCACAAGGCGGGUUGUGCAGCUCUACCCUGUGGUUUUCACUUGUUCCUGACACAAGCUAUGAAUUACAAGUGCAACUAGUUGUCUCGCUGCACACGCCAGCUAAAGGCUACAGAGUGAGAAGAAAAACUAUGGCAGGAAAUUUUUUUGAAUAUAAGGAAACCAAACUCACAUAAUUUACAGAGUUUUAUAGCUUAAUCCUCAGCUGAGGCUUUCUCCAAUACUCUGCUCUGCGCCAGAGGAACUGCCUAGGGAGGGACUGAUAGGCAAGAACAACUGUUAAGGAAACUUCCAUGAAGGCACGACCGAGUGUGAGAUAAAGAUAAAAGUGCAGCAGUAAAAAUAAUUUCACAUUACUAAGGCACAUGCUGACAUUCUGAUAAAAGAGGUUUAUACAUGAAAAGAAUGCUGUACAAAUCAUCUUUCUAAAAAGCCAACCUAACUUAAAACUAAACAAAGUCCCACUGCCACUGUUCUUCAGUGAAAAUACUUAUUGUAAAGGUGACUUUUUAUGUAAAUCUCUGGUGUAUCUGGUGUCUGUGCUGCUCCCUCAUCCUUCCCUAAGCAAGUCUUUUGACAUAUUUCCAAGGAAAAUAAGCAUAACGGAUCUGGUAUCCUGUGUUUCAUUUUUAAAAAUCGUUUUAAAAUACAGAUUUUUUUUUAUCCCUCAGAGGAAGGGAAGAAAAAGCAGUGCCUAGUUUGCUGCUUCCCUGGCUGACAUACAGCUAAGAAGAAAAGGGAAGCAAGCAUAUUCAGUGCCAGCGGCGGUGAGCGCCUGGACUGCACCCGGGGGCUGGGGAUGUGACACCACUCCUGCCAUCGUCGAGCCGAGGAUCAGCUCCCAGCUUGGUACUUGGAGAUUCUGCUACACCACUGAAUUCCUUCCUGAAAUAUGGGCUUUAAAGGACUGUGGAAUGCAGCUGAUAAAUUACAAUGAUUUUUUUUCAUUCUCUGUAUGAACAUACAGAACUUUUCUUCAUUGCAGUUGUAUUCUCCCACUUGAGCAAAUGGCAGACUGAAAUACCGUGAACCUUUCUGUCUGAAACGCUCCCGAGGAUGAAGCAGGCAAACCCAGCAGGGAAGCCAGAGCACUGCAUGCAUGCAGCCAUUAUUCAGAAAAAGCUGGCUGUUCACAUCCCUCUGUGACUGUCUCUUAAUUUUAAAGACUAACUACUUCUUUCUCCUCCCCUCCCCCUAGAAGAAAUGUUUUCUUCCCCAUUUCUUUUAAUGGCUAAGCAAUGCGAUAGCAAAGGUAUUGAAACCCAGUCUACUGAAUAAUAACUUAAUGAUGUGAACCCUGUUCUGUUCCUUUUGAAUGGAUGGCUGCUUCAGCGAGAGAGCUGCUGGGAUCUGCUCCCCACUGUGAGGGAUGUGAGGAUGGAGAAACCUAGAUUGAAGCUGAACGGCAACCAGAGUGAAUUGGAACACCUUGGAAUAGAUGUGAGUACAAGACUUUGUACCAUGGCUGCCGCUCCUCACCUCAACUCGGAUGCGCUGCGAGAGGUCCUGGAGUGCCCCAUUUGCAUGGAGUCCUUCACUGAGGAGCACCUGAGACCCAAGCUCUUACACUGUGGCCACACCAUCUGCAAACAGUGCUUGGAGAAACUCCUAGCAAACAGCAUUAACGGGAUACGCUGCCCCUUUUGCAGCAAAAUCACACGGAUCACAAGCCUAGCUCAGCUGACUGACAAUCUUACUGUGCUGAAGAUCAUAGACACCGCGGGACUGGGGGAAGUGGUGGGUCUUCUCAUGUGCAAGGUCUGCGGGAGAAGGUUGCCGAGACACUUUUGCAAGAGCUGUAGCUUGGUUUUAUGUGAGCCGUGCAAGGAGACAUCGCACAUGCCCCAAGGACAUAGAGUCAUUGCUAUCAAAGAGGCUGCUGAAGAGCGUAGGAGGGAAUUUGGGACGAGGCUUGCCAGACUUCGGGAGCUCAUGGGUGAUCUGCAGAAAAGAAAAGCAUCUCUGGAGGGUGUUUCGAGAGAUCUGCAAUCGAGAUACAAAGCAGUUCUGCAAGAUUACAGCAAAGAAGAGCGCAAGAUCCAGGAAGAACUGGCCAGGUCACGCAAGUUCUUCACCACCUCUUUGUCUGAAGUGGAAAAGGUCAAUAAUCAGGUAAUGGAGGAGCAAGCUUAUCUGCUGAACUUAGCAGAAGUGCAGAUAAUGUCUCGCUGUGACUAUUUCCUUGCCAAAAUAAAGCAGGGAGAUAUCGCUCUCUUGGAGGAGGCAGCAGACGAGGAAGAACCAGAACUGACGAACAGUCUCCCAAGGGAGCUGACUCUCCAAGAGGUUGAACUCCUGAAGGUGAGCCACGUGGGACCACUGCAGAUCGGGCAGGUGGUGAAGAAACCCCGAACUGUUAACAUAGAGGAAUCGCUGAUGGAAACUGCAGCAUCCUCAUCAGCAUUGUUUAGGGAGCCUGACCUGGUGCAAGAAGAGGCCAGAUGCACACCGAAUUCCUCACCAGCCAAGCCACGGAUGCCUGAAGCAGCCACGAGCAUCCAGCAGUGUCACUUCAUCAAGAAGAUGGGCUCCAAGGGCAGCCUGCCAGGGAUGUUUAACCUCCCCGUCAGCCUACAUGUCACCCUGCAAGGCGAGGUGCUUGUGGCAGACCGAGGCAAUUUCCGGAUCCAGGUUUUCACCCGCAAGGGCUUUCUGAAGGAGAUUCGCCGGAGCCCUAGCGGAAUCGAUAGCUUUGUACUGAGUUUCCUUGGAGCAGACUUGCCCAAUCUGACUCCCCUUUCUGUCACCAUGAACUGCCACGGCCUGAUAGGUGUGACUGACAGCUACGAUAACUCUGUCAAGGUCUACACCAUGGAUGGCCAUUGCGUGGCAUGUCACCGGAGCCAGCUGAGCAAGCCCUGGGGCAUCGCCGCUCUGCCUUCCGGGCAGUUUGUAGUGACCGAUGUGGAAGGGGGCAAACUCUGGUGUUUCACGGUGGACCGCGGCGUGGGGGUGGUGAAGUACAGUUGCUUAUGUAGCGCAGUGCGCCCAAAGUUCGUCACCUGCGAUGCUGAGGGGACCAUAUACUUUACUCAAGGGCUGGGGCUUAACCUGGAGAACCGGCAGUACGAACACCAUUUAGAAGGAGGCUUUUCAAUUGGCUCUGUUGGCCCUGAUGGACAGCUGGGACGCCAGAUUAGCCACUUCUUCUCUGAGAAUGAGGAUUUCAGGUGCAUUGCUGGGAUGUGCGUCGAUGCCAGAGGAGACCUCAUUGUUGCUGACAGCAGCCGUAAAGAAAUCCUGCAUUUUCCUAAAGGAGGUGGCUAUAAUAUCUUAAUCCGGGAAGGACUCACCUGUCCCAUUGGUAUCGCCAUUACUCCCAAAGGGCAGCUGCUGGUGCUGGACUGUUGGGAUCAUUGCAUUAAGGUCUACAGUUACCAUCUGAGAAGAUAUUCUACUCCUUAAAGGCAUGUCUUUAGGUAAAGCCUCUUUUGGCAGCAGAGAUUCUUCCAGCCUCCUUCUGAUCUGUCGGGAAGUGGUGUCAGGCGUUCGGGAAGAUUGUGCUGUAACUGAAGGAGGUUUGGCACAGAGGCCAUCAUGCUUUGUGUUUAGAAACAAAAUAGCUGAUGUGGUGGUGGUCUGCUUUUUCUUCUUCUUUACAUAAAAUCCAUACAAUAAAAAAGAACAAGCAUGAGUGAAAGGAUCCAUCCUUCUGGAGUAUUGGUUCCUUCCUAAAUGACUGGUCACUCCAUAAACCUUCUCCUUUUGCCACAUCUCCUAGAUUUCCAGCUUCAACUGUUGUAUCUUUCUUUGUGCCAUAAACACUGACUGACUGCUCUAAAUCAUCUUCCCUUGGAGGACUAGAGAGGCAAUCCUCUUCUCGCUGUGGUACUCACAAGGAACCGGGUAGCAGUUGUCUGGGCAACUACUAGAGAAAGCAAUUUCUGAUUGCAGCACUGCAUAAAACGAAAUAGCCCUCUUAAACUGCACAGAGAUGGAGCUUUACUUUCAAACUGACAAGGGAGGGUUUUCUCUCUCCAUUUUUCUGGUAUUCAGGAGAUCGCCCCUGUCGUGCCAUUUGUGAACCGUGUCUGUUCAGUGUGAAGUGAGUACUGUGCAAUCAUGGGAGACCAAGCUGAGCCAGAAAACUUCCCUCUGAUGGCAACAGGGCUUUUAUUGUACUACUAGGAGUUCUGCUAGGUAGAAGGGGUAAAAAGGGAGGGGG